AUGGCGUCGCCCUUCUUGUGGAAGCUGUCCUCGCAGAAGCUGGGCUUCUUCCUGGUCAGCUUCGGGUUCAUCUGGGGCAUGAUGCUGCUGCACUUCACCAUCCAGCAGCGCGCCAGCCACGAGAGCAGCGCCGUGCUGCGCCAGCAGAUCCUGGACCUCAGCAAGCGCUACAUCAAGGCCCUGGCCGAGGAGAACCAGAGCGUCAUGGACGGGCCGUACGUGGGCACCAUGACUGCUUACGACUUGAAGAAGACCCUGGCUGUGCUGCUGGACAACAUCAUGCUGAGACUGGGGAAGCUGGAGUCCAAAGUGGAGAACAUCUACAACGGCACGGGGGGCAACCUGACCAACGGCAGCAGCACGGCCAGCCCCAGCGCGCCCAACUCUGAGAAGGUCAACGUGGCC